AUGCAUAGCUGCGAGCAGGCUCUGUUGUUUACCGUAGUUUCCUCCUUCAUACUGGUGGCUGCAGUGUUCCUCCUGUGUUGGUGCUACUGUGCUACACUUCCAGAGACCACGACGACCAGGAUAACCCCCAACCCGAUCCCCGGGACGUUUAGGACUCCCCCUUGUCGCCUGACCCCGAUGAUGAUGGUCAUGAGUCUCCGGAUUCGUGGGCAUUUCGGCAGAUCCGAGGGCUAUCAACGACACACCGUGGCUGAGGACCUUCUGUUGGGGCCCUGGCCCGUGUUGGAGGCGGUCCUCAUGGGGAUUCCACUACCGCCGCCUCCGCCCCCACGGCCCGCAACCCACAGACUCCCCUUCCGGCCCAUGCCGAUUCCUCAACCCCGGACUAUUCCGAGGAUCGCUAUCACCCCUGCCCAGUUCCCCUCAGGUACGUCCCGAUCCUCCAGCGGAUCCAAUGUCGGGACCCUCGCCCCGGUCCAACCCUGUGCCUCAGCGGAUCGAGCCAGCACUUGUAGAAAGCCUCCUACAGCUGAGCCAGAGGUGGAUGUGGCACGGCAGAGGAUACGGGAACUGGUGCUGGACCAUUUCUCCUUCAGGUGUUUUAUUUCCGUUUUUACGCAUGCUCCCGUGGAGUGCAACAUGGGGGCCUUGGUAUCGAUGUCCACCCUGAUUGUCGAGCUAAGGUAUUUACUCUGGCUCAUCGACUAUCUUCUAGCCGAAACGCCCUGUGACCAGAGCCUCCUAAUAGCGAACGCACUUUAG